CGUGAGUCGCGGCGCGAGAUGGUAUUCCGGAAGAGGACCGGGGCCGCUGUGGGUUGCCAGUCGGAAGACCGCCUUUCGCUGGGCCCAUCCAUCCACAAGCAAGGCCCUCUCUCUCGGCGUCCCCGUGCCCGUACGCUCGUUGUAGUGGACAUUGAUGUCACCCAGGAUAACGUCCGCCAUACCCACCCCCUCUAGCGUCUCCCUUAGACCGUUGUCCGGCAUGCUUGGUGGAAGAUAGAUGCCGGCUAUCGUCGAGGGUCCCAG